UAAAUUGACUCCAGUAUCAGCAGGACCUGUAAGGCUGUAAAAGACAAGUGUUAGUAUUGUAAUGUUAUUAAUGUCUAGCAUUUUAUUAAGUCCGCUGUUGUCAUAUAUUAAAGUUAGCUUUAUUUACAAUUUAAAUAUUAGCUAGUCGUAGCAUUAGCUGUCUCUGCUGAGUGGUUGAUAUUACGCCAUUCAGUAUCAUCAUUAUCAGCAGCAAGAUCCUGCUGAGCAGCGAGGACAGACUGUCAAGACAUAUUUCACCUCUCUGGUUAUUACAUUUUGCUCUUGCAUGAAGUUACAGGUUGUCCAUUGAAGGCAUGGCUAGUCUAAACAACCUACAGUUUCAAGAGUUUGAAGAAGCAGCAGAGCUGCUAUCGGCAGACCCUGGAGCCUCCACACUCAGUAUGUCAGGCUCAAACACCCCCAGCACAACAGCAUCAGCAGGAGAAGAUGUAAAGCUAGACCUAUCUGAGGACGAGGAGGGUCAGCAAGAGAGUUCAGAGCUGUUAGGAGGGCAGAAACCAAGUGGUGGCUUCUGGACCUUUGAGUACUAUCAGUCUUUCUUCAAUGUGGACACAAUGCAGGUGCUGGACAGAGUGAAGGGGUCAGUGAUGCCACAGCCUGGAAGAAACUUCAUCAAAUACUACCUUAGGAGUAACCCAGAUCUGUAUGGUCCCUUCUGGAUUUGUGUCACACUGGUGUUUUCUGUGGCGAUCAGUGGGAACCUGUCCACCUUCCUUGUUGAGCGGGGAAACCCCACCUUCCACUACAGACCACAGUUCCACAGAGUGACAAUUGCUGCAGUAGUGAUCUUUAUGUAUGCCUGGCUGGUGCCGAUCGGGCUGUGGGGUUUUUUGACCUGGAGGCAAGGGGCCGAGAGGCAGAUUGGAGGCUAUUCUUUCCUGGAGACUGUGUGCGUCUACGGCUACUCGCUCUUUAUCUAUAUCCCCACCUCUGUUUUGUGGAUAAUACCAUAUGACUGGCUGCGCUGGACGCUGAUCCUAAUCGCCAUGGUGAUCUCAGGCUCAGUCCUGGUCCUCACCUUCUGGCCCGUUGUCCGUGAUGACACCAAGGUGACGGCGGUGGCUACAGUUGUGACCAUAGUGGUUUUGCACACACUGCUGGCAGUUGGCUGUAAGCUCUACUUCUUUCAGACAGCAGCGUCCACACCAACAGCUCUUCCUACUAGUUCAACUCUCCACAAUCACACAACGCUGGCCGUCAAAACCAACUGACCAACACUGAGGAGCAGCAGGGAAAUGAAGACCGUCUUUUUUGACAGAUAGAAAACGACUAGACUGGAGGACUAGUUGGUUGAUUAUCACCAUGGUGUGAUUAAUUUAAUGCUUCAUGGAUAAAGUGCUGGGAUGGUUGUGUGUAUGUGCGUGUGUGUAUCGUUUGUCUAACUUAUCCUGGGGUGGUUCAUCUGUAUUUCUACUGUGACUGAUGUUUCAUGAUGUUGAGCGUUGAGCUGGCCUUCCUUAACACUGUGACUUCCGCUCAUUUCAUGAAGUCCUAAAGGAUGCAGGAAGACACUACAAAAGCUAAUACAUAAAACAAUGUCACUCCUACUGAUUAUCCUUAUGACGCAUCACAUGGACAACAACCAGAUUUUUCAAGUUUAAAAUGAUUAGGUUAAUGAGAAUGCCCUAAAUGUCUCAUUUCUCAUAUAAAUACAUUUUGUGGCUCGUGGUCAACCCUGUGCCCUCAUAGAUGGAAUUACGUGUGGCACUGCACAAGAGUUCAAACAUUGUUCAACAGCUGUUUUACAAAGCUCCGAAUGUUAUAAGUGAUAUUAUUAGAUGACAAUGAUUGAUUUGUUGGUGUGUACAUCACUUUAAUUUUAGAAGUGGGGUAUGCCUCCCUCCCUGCAUCCCCUUUACACAAACAGAUAUAUAGAAAAGUGACAAUAAUGGGGUAUUUGUUUAUUAAACAUGCAGUGAUAUUGCCCAUAAGACACUGCUUGACUUGAGAGCAUCUAACAAGCUCUGAACUCUACGCUGCGGACUGGUCAAAAGAUGAUUGUAAAAUAAAAUAGCGUUUAUGUGGUCCUGCUGGAAGAAUAUACAUGUUUAUACCAGUAGCUUGCCUCUAA